UGCAUGAGAGGCGUUCAUGGUCAAAGUGUUCCAGCAGCCUGCAGCAGCUGGUAUCUUCUCACCUGCACACAGAUCAUAUCGGCUCAUCUGAGGCCAAACUAGAACACGUCAUCCCAAACAGGAUCCUUGGAGUCUGGAGAGGAUAUAAGGCGGGCCGACUGGACCUCUGCACCUUUGUGAAGACGUGUGAACUGAACAAUGAGGGCUGUUGGUUUGCUGCUGCUGCUGCUGGCUCUGUGUGGGUCAGGAGCUCAGGGGGAGCUUCAGGAGACGGAGACCACAAAGACAACCACAGCUGACAUCUGGGCGGAGGUGAGGGCUCUGAGAGACAUGGUGGUGGAGCUCAAGGUGGAGCUGAGGAACGUUCAGGCCACAGUGACGGACAGUGAGAGCCAGGUGGAGGACCUGAAAGCUGAGCUGAUGGUCACCAACGUGUACGUGGAGCUGCUACAGAGAGAGAACUCAGAGCUGCAGACCAGACUGAGCAGCAGUGAGAGUGAACUUCUCAUCAGCAAGACCAGGAUCGACACGCUGGAGAGAGAAAAUACAGAGAGGAAGGUGGCCUUUUACAUAGGUCUGACUGAUUCACAUCAUGUUGGACCAUUCAACACAGACACCACACUGAAAUACAGCAAAGUCUUCACCAACAUUGGCGAUGCUUACAAUCCAUCUACAGGUUUCUUCACAGCUCCAGUCAGAGGGGUCUACUACUUCCAUUUCACUAUGAGUGGUUACCAAGCAGGUUGGAUGGGUGUAGAGGUGUACAAGAACAACCAGUGGAUCAUGGGUAAUCAGGAGUAUCAGGAAGAGAGAGGUCAUAAUUAUUUCACUAACUCUAUUGUCUUGGAGCUGAUGGCAGGAGAUGAAAUCCACCUCGUUCUCCCAUCAGGCCAUUCUCUCUAUGACAGUGCAAACAACCACAACACCUUCAGUGGCUCCCUCCUCUUCACACUGUGA